GUUGGUGUAGAACGUUCUGUGAAAGUCUGCGCGAUUUCUCAACUGCAACGUGACCGUGUGAUACACCUACCCUCUCCCGCCAUGUACUCGAUACAAAAAUAGUCAAAAGGACUAAAUCCGGAUGACUUCGAGCAGAUGAUUCAUGGAGUGUACACGGACUUUUAACAAGUUUAUGCAAAGAUCUUCACGGUGGCUGCUUGUCAGCAAAAAAUCUACAACAAGCGACUUAUUUACCUGAUGCCUGCGUUAAAUCGUAUUUGUUUUUACUUAAGAACCGUAGAUUGUCUAUAGUUUUUGCGAUUCUUCUUGAAAAACAUGCAACAUAAAUUAAACCCGAGGUACUUACGAAACGGUACUGACGUCAAUCCUAAACGACUUAAUGUAAUUGACCUAAGAAGAGCAAAGUUUGUCGGCCCAUUCUUUUAGCUUCUGUGCUAUGGCCACGCUCCGAGACCAGAUGACAUUUGGAGGCCUUGUUAGUUUCAGUGGUUUUUGGAGCCGCCGCGUGGAUGAGGGUGCAACUUCCCCGCCUUGGCUAAUUAACGGGGUGGAGACCGCGCAAAGCACACCCCUUGGUUCAAAACACCACUUCGAAGAGCUCGUAAGGGAUGAAAUUAUGGCUGGCGAAGACCUGCGCGAAAUCAUACGACUAAAAGCGGAGCGCCAUAAAGAAUACUAUAAAAGUCUUACAGGAAACGAUAACGAGAGCAGCUUCAGUUCAUCGAGCGUUGCAGAGAUGGCGCACCAGGUAACAAACAGUGAAGAGGUAACCGAGGACGGUGGUUUAAACGAUCGCCCGAAGAGACAGAGGCGGACGGGGGUGUACGAGUUCAAGAAGUACCAAGACGGUACGAUUUUUAAAAGCGUGAAGCUGUUGAGGGAGAAUUACAUGGCGAUGCUGCAGAAGACUAUGGAGAGCUUCAAGAAGGAAGAAAAGCGGAAGGAGCAGGACGAUUCGCUGUUGUUGCCGCCGACCAGCGGCUACAGCACCGGGGCCAGUGACGACGAGAAGGACAGGAACUGGGAGAACGAGAACAAGGUACAGCGAUGCGGAAGCAGCGACUCUGCCAUGGGGCACAGCGAGGACGAAUUGACCUGGAGAGAGAAGAAAGAGACAGACUGCGAGCCCUAUAGGCAUACCGAGACGAUAAAAAGCCCGUACAGCCCACGAGGGUCCAUCGACCACGAUAACGUCCCCAGUCGCACCCUUAUCGAGUCGCAAUUCGUUCCAUUCCCUAUGGACCGGAAGUUCAGUGAUUGUGUUAGUGAUAGUGACUAUCGGAAUGACAGUCGUAGACAGAGCUGUUUUACAGACGACGGCGAGGAGCCCAGGUACCGGUACUGGAGAACUCCUUCGGUGGUAGUGAGCGAUUAUUCUGACGACAUCAUGGGCUUGACCCUCGAGGACAUAGAGUACAUCCGGAGCCAAAGAAAAGAGAAUUCGUCUCCAGAUUCUAGUCUUCACAGCUCCUGCAGCAACCUGAACUACUGCGGGUCCACGAUAAGCAGCUUGGAGUCGGAGUACGUCCUUAAGAAGCCGUACAGGAAGUCCUCUAAUUGCUCCACAUGCUCGACCCUCAGCGAUGACGAGGGAGAUAAUUUGCUACCAGUCAAAAAAGAGCCAUCUGGAUGGCGAAAAUUACGCAACAUUGUCCAGUGGACCCCCUUCUUUCAAACGUACAAAAAACAAAGGUAUCCAUGGGUACAACUCGCAGGCCACCAGGGCAACUUCAAAGCGGGACCUGACCAAGGAACGAUACUCAAGAAACUAUGCCCCAAAGAAGAAAAGUGUUUUAAAGUAUUAAUGAAGGAUGUAUUAAGACCGUAUGUUCCCGAGUACAAGGGCUUGGUAGCGAGUGACGAUGGUGAAUGUUCGUAUAUUCAACUGCAAGACUUACUGGGCGAUUUUGUGUCUCCGUGUGUUAUGGAUUGUAAAAUUGGUGUGAGGACGUAUCUAGAAGAGGAAUUAGCCAAAGCUAAGGAGAAGCCUAAAUUACGGAAAGACAUGUAUGAAAAAAUGUGUCAGAUUGAUUCGAAUGCACCAACUGAAGAAGAACACAGGCUGAAAGGAGUAACCAAACCUCGAUAUAUGGUGUGGAGGGAAACAAUCUCAUCGACAGCGACUUUAGGGUUUCGAAUAGAAGGUAUUCGGAAGGCAGAUGGUACUUCAAGCAAAGAUUUCAAAACAACGAAGUCGAAGGAACAAAUAACGAAGGCUUUUCAAGAUUUUACGGACGGUUUUCCACACGCUGUGCCUAAAUAUAUUCAAAGAUUGAAAGCUGUUAAAGCUACUCUGGAAACGUCUCAGUUUUUCAGUAAUCACGAGGUUAUUGGAAGUUCUUUGUUGUUCGUUCACGAUCGGUACAACGCCAAUGUGUGGUUGAUUGACUUUGCCAAAACUAUUAAAUUACCAGAGGACGUAAAAAUCACACAUGGUUCUAAAUGGAAGGUGGGGAACCAUGAAGAUGGUUAUCUUAUAGGUGUAAACAAUCUCAUUUCGAUAUUUAUGACCAUGUUGGAACAACAACCUGUUGCUAUUUCACCGCCUUUGACACUUCCAGAUCCACCUGAAAUUGUCGAACGACCGAAAGAAAACGAAGAAAAUACCUGACUGGAGGAUCUCAUUGAAGAAAAAUAUAGGUUGCGAUUCUUGAGCUAGUCGAGAAUUUUUGUUAAUAAUUGACGGUUAUCUUAAUUGUAAAUGUAUGAAAUGGUAUUAUUUAUUUUUAAUUUAUAUAAUUUUAGUUGUUGAGAGUUGCCACAAUGUAUUGCAUUUUUUACUGUAAUAAUUAUUACCAUUUGCAAUAAGAUAAUGUCGUUUAAGCAAUGACACAAUGCACUGAUGUACGUACCUACGAUAAUGAUUCGUAAAUCCUGUUUAGAUUGGGAUUUUGACCCAAUAACGUAUAGUGUAACUUCCUUUGUAAAUGACCCCAAGAGUUAGUCUAAGACUCUUUUAGGCUUAUUGAUUAUUCAUUGUUUUCACAAUCAUAUAUUUUCAUACUUACAUACAAAAUAUAUUACUAUAUACGUA